GAGGUUUUCGCUGGUCGUCCACUGGUAGGCACCGCGUCGGUUGUGGUUGAGGCUCGGGCCUCGACGAAGAGGACUGGCAGCAAUUCGAAGUCUUUCACGACAAUGAUCGCCACGAAAUCGGCAGCGGCGGCAACGCAAUCCGCUGAUCUCACCACCGACUUGGACGACUUCGAUGACGGCAGCGGCGGCACUUGA